GAAAGCGCCCACAAUUCCUGAUAUGAGAUGGCCUGAAGGACGAAUGAAAGCAAAAAGUCAGUUUCCAAAAACAAAACAAAAAUGAAAACGUCCGUAAUAUCUUCGUCAAUGCACACAUUGAAAUCUUUGAAUUUCAACCACACUCGAAAUCGCAUCUUCAAUCCCUUUCUCUCUAACACUCUCCCCUUUCCCUCUCGCAACUGCAAAUUCCACUCUUCCCCUUCUCCAAUCAUGUCUGCUGCAUCAUCAUCCAUCAAUUCAGAACUAGCUCGUGCACCCCCCGCAAUUCCCAUGCCCACCCCCCCUCUCACCAAGUUCAAAAUUGGUCUCUGUCAACUCUCAGUCACAUCCGAUAAGGACUUAAAUAUCGCCCACGCUCGCACUGCUAUUCAAGACGCUGCUGCCAAGGGGGCUAAGCUCAUUCUUUUACCGGAAAUUUGGAAUAGUCCUUAUUCAAAUGAUAGCUUUCCUGUCUAUGCUGAGGAUAUUGAUGCUGGUGGUGAUGCUUCUCCUUCUACUGCAAUGCUCUCUGAACUCUCUCGUUUAUUGAAAAUCACCAUUGUGGGUGGUUCUAUUCCUGAACGUUCUGGUGAUCGCUUGUACAACACUUGUUGUGUCUUUGGCACUGAUGGAAACCUUAAAGCCAAACACCGUAAGAUUCAUCUUUUUGAUAUUGACAUCCCUGGGAAGAUUACCUUUAUUGAAUCAAAGACUCUUACUGCUGGGGAGACUCCGACAAUUGUUGACACAGAGGUUGGACGCAUUGGCAUAGGCAUCUGCUAUGACAUUAGGUUUCCGGAACUAGCAAUGAUAUAUGCAGCAAGAGGUGCUCACUUGCUCUGCUAUCCUGGGGCUUUUAACAUGACAACUGGACCAUUGCAUUGGGAGUUGUUGCAGAGGGCCAGGGCUACAGAUAAUCAGUUAUAUGUGGCAACCUGUUCACCUGCUCGGGAUGCUGCAUCUGGUUAUGUGGCUUGGGGUCACUCCACUCUUGUUGGUCCAUUUGGAGAAGUUCUGGCUACUACAGAACAUGAGGAGGCAACCAUUAUAGCAGAAAUUGAUUAUUCAAUAUUGGAGCAGAGAAGGACAAACCUCCCCGUGACUAAGCAACGGCGAGGUGAUCUAUACCAAUUGGUGGAUUUGCAGAGGCUGAAUUCUCACUGAGUGGAGCAUCUGCAUAAUUAUAAUACCCUGUAAGAAGCAUGAGCGUGUCAUCUUUUGUGGUUAUUGGAUGCUGUAUUAUUGAUGAUAUGGAACCCAAACUCCUGAACUAAGGAAAAAAAUAAACGAAUUUGUGUUUUCUCUAAUAGUUUGGUGUGUUGUUAAUUGUUAUAAAGUAAAGGAAUGGUAUGUUGUGAGUUGUAAGUUUAUGUGACGUGAAUUGUGUCGUCUGUAUCAAUGCUCAAGAUCGGUUCCGGUGCUAUGAGGGAACUGGUUAUAUGUACAGCCGUUGCCGCCGGAUUCACAAACCAUUGGAUUCAAGGAUCUAAACCUACAAUUUGCAAGUGAAUUCAUCACCCAAAUCAAUGUCAUGAAUCUGUUUGAAUAAAACAUCCUUUUAAUUUAACAAA